UACUACUCCCUCCACUUAACCGAAUAAGUGAUGUUUAUAGUUACACACUAAUAACUCGUCGGAGCAGAGUUGCUGCUGCCGAGCGAGAACACAAGACCCGCAAAGGUCGAUCGCUUGGAGGAAGAGGGUGACAAGGAAAUUGAUUUGGAGGCAGACGGAUCGAUCGUGCUUGUACGGCGGAAGAGAUGGCCGAUCCGGUGAGCAUCGUGAAGCUGAUCAUCAGCAUCGGGAAAAAGAUAAAGGAGGGGGUGGAGAAGGCUCAACGGAACGUGGAGGACUGCCGCAGGAUUGACGAGCUCGUGCACACAGUGACAGCCAUCGUGGAGUCGUCGGCGCAGCGGACGCCAAAGAUGAUGUAUGAACCAGUGAUGAGCCGCUUGAUGAAGAAGCUGGUGGAGAGCCUCGAGCGCGCGUGCAAGCUCGUCAAGGACUGCAAUAAGAAAAAUUUGGUGCUCCGUGGCUUGGGCGCCGAUGACACGGCCGAGAAGCUGCGUCAGGUUCAUCAUGAUAUAUGGGACAACCUGUUGGCCGUGAUCUUUGCCAAUGGGGUCAAUCAGAACGCAAUGUUGACCAACACUGAGCAAAUGGUCGCGAUGAACUUUGCCAACGGGGUCAAUCAGAACGCAAUGUUGGCCAACAUUGAGCAAAUGGUUGCUGCUCUUCUUGUUCAUCUGCCCCCAGGACGAGAGGCGGUAGACUCACGUACCAGAAAUUCAACUAAAGAUGCUAGUUGUUCUCGCAAUGAAAACAAAAGGAAGACGAAAACAGAUGGUGCUAGCACUGCCAGUGGCACAUCUGAAGCGAAGGGUCAGAAAAACGAGGUGCCGGCACGAAGCGACGCGCAUGCUGGAUGGCAAGAAAAAGAUAUCCCAAAGGAGGUGAGCUCACUUACCAGCAAUUUAACUGGUGACGGUAGUUCUCAAAAGAAAAACAAAGGGAAGACAAGGAAAACAGAUGGUGCUAGCACUGCGAGUGGCACAUCUGAAGCGAAGGGUCAGAAAAACAAGGUGCCGGCACAAAGCGAGGCGUCCUCUGCUUCCUUACCACCAGCUCGGUUAACAGAGUACAGUUUUUCUCUAUUGGAGGUGGCUACAGGAAACUUUUAUGAAAAAAACAGAAUUGGAGAAGGUGGCUCUGGUACGGUCUACAAGGGUGAAUUAGCAGACAAGGACCCAGUUGCCGUCAAGAAACUUCUUAUGAUUAAUACAUCACCAGAGGCACGCCUUAAUGAACUCAUUCUCGUUUCAGAGCUCGAGCACAAAAACAUAGUUAAACUUCUGGGAUAUUGCGACGAAGUCAAAAAGAAUUCGAAGGGCGAAGAUGUUAGGCAUUUCAUUUUUGUCAGCAGAUACAUGCCAAACGAAAGCUUGAAGAAAGUUAUCAAGAAUAUCAACAAUGCGAAGCAAUCUAUUGAUUGGCCCUCUCUUUUCCGGAUAAUUCAAGGGAUAGCCGAGGGCGUACACUACCUGCAUAAGCAACAUGUUGUCCAUUUGGAUCUGAAGCCAAGCAACGUCCUCUUAGAUUCUGAUAUGACUCCUAAGAUCAACGAUUUUCGAAGAGCUGUAAGAUUGUUGGACAAUGGUCGUGAUGAGAUCACUCUCGAUGACGUCAGCCUACCUGACACGGAGGGAUAUGUGUCUCCGGAACAAAAAGAGAGAGGUACGGGGUCAACCAAGUCCGAUGUGUACUCCUUUGGCGUCCUGCUCCUUGAGACCAUUAGCUGCAUGUGUGAAAAGAGGCACCGUCCCAGCUGUGCUCUAAGGGAGGAAUGGCUUAAUAGGGUGCAGGAAAGUGAAUGGAGGAAUAUAUUUGAUCCAAAACUGGUAACUAACAAGUAUGAGCUGACGGUGGCAACAAGAUGCGUGGUUGCAGGGCUGUUGUGCUGUUUACCUUAUCCGGCAGAACGCCCCUCCAUGGCGCAUGUUGUUGACCUGCUUGCUGGACGGCAAGAAAAAGAUACCCCAAAGGAGGUGAGCUCACUUACCAGCAAUUUAACUGGUGACGGUAGUUCUCACAAGAAAAACAAAGGGAAGACAAGGGAAACAGAUGGUGCUAGCACUGCCAGUGGCACAUCUGAAGCGAAGGGUCAGGAAAACAAGGUGCCGGCACAAAGCGAGGCGUCCUUUGCUUCCUUACCACCAAAGGAGGUGAGCUCACUUACCAGCAAUUUAACUGGUGACGGUAGUUCUCAAAAGAAAAACAAAGGGAAGGCAAGGAAAACAGAUGGUGCUAGCACUGCCAGAUCUGAAGUGAUGGGUGACAACAAAAAUGUGUGUGGAUAUGAUGCCGAUGUUGAUUGUUGAGAGCAUAUGAUGCCGAUGUUGAGAGUCAAAUACGAUGCUUCAAGCUUGGCAACGGAUGCUGAGUGGCGUCUCUAUCCAUGAUGCCUGGCACCUAGACUUGCAGUGCCUGGCACCCAGAGAGAAUGUGUGUUGAAGAGAGCGAGAUAGGAGGAGACAAAGAAUUUUUUAUUAAGAUGUGGGUCCCAGAUUGAAGAAUGUCAAAGAGAAUAAACACUGUAUAUGAAAAAAGCAAUGCAAAAGUUAACACUUUCAUAUGGAGUUAUGACAGCUUUUUAGAUUACAGAAUAAAAAUUAU